CGACGUACACGACGAGGAGGAGCGGCGGCGGCCGCGCGCUUCGUACCUACAGUCGCCGCAACCGCCACCGCGCCGCUCUACGCAACCGACCAUGAUUUGCGCGGGCCGACACUGCUGGUUGACAAGCGUGUGAUUACGACGAGGUGAUUAUUCGCGCGCGCUCCGACCGCGUGCCGAAGCGUUGCGAGAACGCCCAGCCUUAACCAUCCAAUUCAAGCCAAGCCAAGCUAAGCCAAGUCAAGUCAAGCCAAGCCAAGCCAGGCAGCUAGACGGGAGUUGGGAGCGAGCGAUCCGGACGCGGACAACGAUUUUGGAUGACGCGGUCCAACGCCGGAACCUAACGCCGGGAGGAAGCGUCUGUCGAAAACGCUUGCCGAACGCCAUUGAUUUCUCGCGCGAACCGACCGAGCUCUCCGCAACGACGAGAGAGCGUCGCGCGCGCGGCACAACACGAGGGGAAGAACACCCACUACUUCCCCCCGCCCCCCCGUCUUGUGUACUCGGUUCUCUUCCUUCGUAGAUGUUGAACGCGAGUCGAGCGUACACAACCCGAGACCUUACGCGAGAUCGUCCUCGGGGUAAGCCACCGCGCGGCAUUUUGCAUCAUCCCCAUCAUGGCAACUAGAGGAUCAUCGGUUACCGCUCGGCAGCCGGAUUUUUAACCCCGCGGCUCGUCGGACUAUCACACGGUCAAAGGCAAUACAUCAAUGGCCCUAGAAUCAAAUGGCAACAACGUGGUGUGGUUGAACACAACCCGUCCUGAUCAAAUACAGCAGAGUCAACCGAUUGAGCAGCCAUUGAAGUGUUCCAUGUUUACUCAAACGGAGCAGACUAACAGUUUUACUCAGACAGAGCAGAGCAAUUCGAGUUACGGAGAUCAGAGACAGCAGCAAACAGCAAUGUUUGACCCUCAACAGAUCCAGCAACAGCAAGCUGCUGCGCAGGGUCAACAGUCGCAGCAGCAGCAGUCUCAACAGAUGUAUGUCACUGACAAAAAAGAGGACAAGUCUCAGCAGCAACAACAAUCCGCCACUUCCGAGUUCCCUUCUUCCUUCUACUACAAUGUCAACAUGCUGCAAAAGGUUCAAACAAACGCGGUGAGCACAAUCAGUGCAAUCGCCGACGACAAGGGUUGUUAUCGUUUCGAUGUGCAACCUGUUGGUUAUAACACAUUAUUGAAUCAGAUGAGCAUUGCCGCUGCCACCAAUGCGACUUUCAAGUGUGACAUUUGUGGAUUGGUCUUUGGCCAUUUGAGCCUGCUACAACAUCACAAACGGAUUCACAACGCGACACCCAACAGUAAUCUGCCGCAACAGCCACAACAGAUUGUAGUACAAGGACCGACAACAGUGACUGUCGCCACCACGCCAGAAAGACCAUACACCUGUGACACUUGUGGAGCGUGUUUUGCAUUACCGGGAGAAUUAAAAAGUCACAAAACAAACAUGCAUCAGAAACCUAAGGUGCAAAUAUGUGAAGAUUGUGGCAGUGAGGACCCAUGCGAACAUCAUCCAACUAAAGUUAAAAAGACUAUCAAACCUGGUCAUCAUCCUGUGAAACGGAGGGGUGUUACCAGUGUCACCAAGUGUCACAAGUGCAAUGGCACUGGGAUUAUUUUUAUUGGUAAACACGACGAAAAACUAGAUUCCGGAAUCAGUUCCCUCGCAAAGUGUGGCGGCUGCAAGGCUACAGGCCGUAUCGUCAUAGGAAGUGGCAAGCAAAACAGUCAGAAUCAGGCGGAGAAACCAUUUCACUGUAAUGUUUGUGAUGGUACAUUUUCUCGAUAUUCUUCACUUUGGUCCCACAAGAGACUUCAUUCAGGAGACAAACCAUUUAAAUGUGAAGUUUGUGGUUUAGCAUUUGCAAAGGCUGCCUAUUUAAAAAAUCACGGACGAGUUCAUACUGGCGAGAAACCAUUCAAAUGUAGCGUUUGUGGCAUGCAAUUUUCGCAAAGCCCACAUUUAAAGAAUCAUGAACGAAUUCAUUCUGGAGAACGACCGUAUCAAUGUGAAGUUUGCGAGAAGACAUUCGCCAGACAUUCGACGCUCUGGAAUCAUAGAAGGAUUCACACUGGCGAAAAGCCAUACAGGUGUAACAUUUGCGGUUCCGCUUUCAAUCAAGCCACACACCUCAAGAAUCACGCGAAAGUUCAUACCGGCGAAAAGCCACACAGGUGUGAUAUAUGCGAGAUCGGUUUUUCUGAUCGUUUCGCGCUCAAGCGUCACCGUGCAAUUCAUGAAAAGUACGGUCAGACGGCGCGAAACCAAAAUGCUAAUAAUCCGGCUAACGCACAACAAGCCAACGCAAGUAGUCAACAACAACAGCCGCAGCAACAGCAACAGCCACAGCAGGCGCAACAAGGCCAAGUCGUGGUUGUGAACGCGACCACUCCCGUCACCGUCAGCCAAGGACAAGGCCAAGUGAUGCUCGAUGAAGUCUACAAAUGUCAGGUGGCCUUCCCAGAGCCUAAAUGAUUCAGCUAGAGAAUACCUUUCAGGAGCUGGUAAAGAGGUUAACUUUUCUAAUCUUUUUUUUUUUUAACGGAUAUUAAUCUUGAAAAAAAGCGAAAUUUAUGAAUGUAUGAUAUUGAGGACUAACCUAAGAAAACCAGGUGAGUCCAAUAUGAGUGAUCGAGCAGUGCGUCUCUUUUUUUUCUCGUGUGCGAUGACUCGAAUUCUAUGAAAGAAUAUUUGGUGGCUAUCAGUAGUUUGGAUAUAGAUAUGGAUAAAAAUUUCAAAAAAGGGAAAAAUGGACAAAAAGACUCUGCGACAUUGCGCGAGUGAAAAAUUUCGUGGAAUGUGUCCUCGGAAGAGUUUGGCUCGUAAUAUAAUCGGACGAUUCCCCAACCGCCAAGAUCAACGAAGCCUCUUUGUGAAGUAAUAGAAAAAUACGUCUACCUUUAUAUUUUGUCUUUCGAAAAGGUGGAAGAAUAAUUGAAUCGUAUCACGCGGUAUAUCUCAUAUAUAUUAGUUUUUUAAAAAUGAAACGGGAAAUGUAAUUGUAUAAUCGUAUCAUUCUUUCUUAUGUGUGUAAUAAUCGUUAAUUUGUUCCUAAAAACAAAAUUGCUAAAUAUUUUGCCAACAUUUCAUAACUCCGUAAAUGGCAUUGUGCAAUAGUUUUGACAAAUUUUGCGAUUAGAUCGAUGACAAAAUGUACUUUUGAAUGAUUGUAAUAACAAAAGAUUGCGGCGGCGUGUAUUUCGGCGAUAAAAAGCGCAAGUAGGAGGUAUUAAGUUUUUUUUUUCGGCAAAUUAAAAAUAUAAUUUUAAAUGAAAGGAAAAAAAACAUGAUUGCCCGUACAAUGCCCAAACCUCGGCCCUUCCAAUUUUCACCAAUGUGAGGAUAAAUCAUUCGCGCGUCAUCUCAAUGCUUAAAAUUAUAUUUAAAGAUUUUAGUAUUGUGGAAUCUUUAUUCAAUUUUGAUUGUAAAAAUUAUUUGUCUGAUGAGUAUGAACGCGAGAAUAUGGAUAUAUGAACAGAAAAUUUUCAACGGCGCUUAACUGCCGGUAGUGUGGAACGGAACGACAUCGCGAUCUGUGCGAGCUCUCUUCCGUCCAGUCAUUCGGGAUCAGAAAGCAUCGCAUUACCGAGAUGAUGAUAACAACGACCACGAUAACAGCAGUGAAAGAAUAGCGGCAUCCCUAUAUAACUCGCUGAAGCUGCAAUAAUAAUAGUGAAUAUCGAUGGACAGACUAAUCCGUUUUAUAAUUUUAAGAGGCCGCGAACUAUAUGAAUAUAUUAGUUGAUGAAUAGUUACUAGUUUGUAACGACAAAUAGCCGAGCUAGGACAUUACCUAUACAUAUAAAUAUAUAAAUAUAUAGAUAUACAUUAAUUUUUAUAUCCCCACUUGUUAAAGCGAUCCCGCACCGUCGCUACUUUUAAGUAUCAAGGAUCACCAAACGAAUAGAUUGUACAUUGAUAGCUCCAUACAUUCAUGAUUGGUGACUUGUGUGCUAUAAAGUAUACAAGUCACGUUAUAUGUAUAUCGAUUUCAAAGCUGUUUGGAUACCCUCUCGAGAGCAUCGAUAGAUUAUUCUUACAAUUGUUUCGCGAGAAUUGCUUUUUUUAUUGUCAUUUAAUUAUUGUUGCAUCUUUAUUUGUAAACUUAUCACCAAGUUUAUUAUCGGGGGAGAAGGGGAAAUACGUACCAUCUCCCUUUUGUAUAAUUUUAGAAAAGAUUUUAUAACGCAUCGUGAAGGAAAUAAACACAAGCAGCUUGAAGAUUCUUCGAAAAACAAUUCUUUUUAUACAAGAUCACAUUUUCGCAGAGUGUAUGAGACAUGUCACUAUAAGUCUAUGUAAUUGUCAACAAAUUGGCUGCUCGAGUUUUGUACGGAAUUCAGAAUUGGGAAUAUUUCUCUGUUUUACUAAUAAUUUGUAAAAUAAAGAUACGCAAUUACAUAA